UCCAACAAUGCAGCUUUUAAUGGUGCUGUGAGCGGUGCGAACCGAAAACGCAGCCGCACCGCAGGCUUGUCCGUAGACUGUAGUCGUAGCAAAUUCAACACUUCGAGAUUUUUACGGUUUGACAAACCCGCCGGGCGACUGAGGCUUAGUUUUUUGGACAUCCUGGACUCCUCUUCUGGGUUCUUGUUUUGGAGAGUACAAGAAGAUUUCAAAGCCCAUCUCUGAAGGAAUUUCUGACAAGGGAUGAGAAAAUGAGUACAUCUCUGGUAGAAGCAACAGGCCCUCCCAACAUUUUCAAAUAGCCACCUUGCGACCUGUGAGCAGUCAUGCCUUUCCUGCAUCUCCUGACGAGGGUAACCCCUCUACAGAUGUGGGAAUACUUCCUGACAUAGAUAAGAAAAAGGUGAACCUAACAUUCGAAAUGGCUUUGGAUUAUAUGAGCUUUAACACAUUAGAAUAUGCAUUAGAUUCAGAUGAGGCUGAACCUUUAGCUGUUAUCCAGAGGACUGUUUAAGGAGAGGAAAAAACAGCCUCUGAUGACCUUUCAAGAAGGACAGAGCUACAGCCCAGCUUUGAUGAUUUAGUAUCCAUCCUGCUGCCGUGCUGACAAGGUCGUACCAUGGCUGCUGCUGAUCCCCAUAGCUACGGUUCCCUGGUGGGAAGAGGAGCCGACUGAGAGAGUCAACAAUGCAGCGUAACGGUGGAGGAGUUGGUGCCGGUGGCCAGCCAUGGGUGUUGCGGCGUGUGAGACUCACGUGGCUCAGUUUUAUGCUAUUCUUCAUCCUGGUCUUCUUCCCACUCAUUGCCCAUUACUACCUCACCACCAUAGACGAAGCUGGAGGUCCUGACAAGCGCAUCUUUGGGCCGCGGCCUGGUGGUGAGCUGUGCGAGGCCAAACAUGUGCAGGACCUGUGCCGAAUUCGGGAGUCAGUCAGCGAGGAGCUGUUGCAGCUGGAAGCCAAGAGGCAGGAGCUCAACGGGGAGAUCGCCCGACUCAACCUGCGCAUUGAAGCCUGUAAGCGCAGUAUUGACAGCGCCAAGCAGGAUCUGCUGCAACUCAAGAAUGUUAUUAGCCAAACAGAGCAUUCCUAUAAAGAACUUAUGGCUCAGAACCAGCCCAAGCUCUCGUUGCCAGUCAGGUUGCUCCCAGACAAGGAGGAUCCAGGACUGCCACCACCAAAGUCGGCACGCACCUGCCGCCUGCGCUCCUGCUUUGACUAUGCACGGUGCCCUCUUACGUCAGGGUUUCCUGUGUAUGUAUACGACACAAGUUCCUAUCCAUGGGGGGAGUAUCUUGACCCUCUGGUGAAGCAGGCAUUUGCAGCAGCAGUUAAGAGCAACAUUUAUGUGACUGAUAACCCAAGCAUUGCCUGUUUGUAUUUGGUGCUGGUAGGGGAGCUCCAGGAGUCCUCUUCUGCACUUCCACCUCCUUCAGAGCUAGAAAAACAACUUAAAGCUCUUCCUUACUGGAGAUCUGAUGGACAUAACCAUGUUCUGGUGCAUCUGUCUCGAAAGUCCAUGACACAGAACUUCCUGUACAAUGUGAGCACAGGACGGGCGGCAGUUGCUCAGUCCACGUUCUUGGAGCAGCAGUACCGUGAGGGCUUUGACUUGGUGGUCUCCCCGCUGGUUCAUGCCCUCUCAGAACCAAACUUUUUAGAGGUGCCACCUCAAGUUCCUGUUAAGAGGAAAUACCUCUUCACCUUCCAAGGGGAGAAGGUGGAGUCACUGAGGAGCAGCUUACAGGAGACACCUCCUCAGUCUUUUGAGGAGGAAAUGGAAGGAGACCCACCAGCCGACUAUGAUGAUCGCAUUAUUGGUACCCUAAAGGCAGUGCAGGACAGCCACUUGGAUCAAGUGCUGGUGGAGUUCACCUGCAAGAACCCGCGGCCAAGUUUGCCAACUGAGUGGGCUCUUUGUGGAGAGAGGGAGGACAGGCUGGAGGUGCUCAAGGCUUCAACUUUUGCCUUGGUGAUCGCUCCAGGUGAUGGGCAGGUUGUGGCAUCCGCAGGCUGUGGGAUGAGGCUUUUUGAGGCCCUUGAGGUAGGGACCAUCCCAGUCGUAUUGGGGGACCACUCCAGACUACCUUAUCACCAUUUUAUUCGAUGGAGUGAAGCUGCCAUCAUAGUCCCUAAGCCUCGUGUCACAGAGCUACACUUCCUGCUGCGCAGCCUAUCAGACAAUGACAUGUUAGCCAUGAGGCGGCAGGGCCGCUUUCUGUGGGAGACCUACUUCUCCACCUCUGAAAAUGUUCUUAACACCCUCUUGGCCAGCAUCAGAACCAGCAUCCAGGUUCCUGCUGCACCCAUAAAAGAAGAGCCUGCUCAAGAGAUUCCUCACAAGGCAGGGAAACUGGCGGGGACUGAUGCCAAUCUGGCUGACAACGGUGAUCUGGAUUUGGGUCCUGUUGAGACUGAACCCCCCUACGCCUCUCCACGCUUUCUCCGUAACUUCACAUACACAGCUGUAGACACCUAUAGAGCAUGGAACCGUGCUCCUGGGCCUUUCCAUCUGUUUCCUCACACUCCCCUGGACCCCGUGCUCCCCUCUGAGGCCAAAUUUCUCGGCUCAGGUACCGGUUUCAGGCCUAUUGGUGGAGGCACAGGAGGCUCAGGGAAGGAGUUCCAGGCAGCUUUAGGAGGGAAUGUGCCCAGAGAACAGUUCACUGUGGUCAUGUUGACAUAUGAGAGAGAGGAAGUGCUGAUGAACUCUCUGGAGAGGUUGAACGGACUGCCGUAUCUCAACAAGGUGGUGGUGGUGUGGAACUCGCCCAAGCCUCCUUCAGAUGAUCUACUUUGGCCAGACAUUGGCCUGCCCAUUGUGGUUGUCCGUACAGAAAAGAACAGUCUAAACAACCGCUUCCUGCCAUGGGACGCUGUGGAAACAGAGGCCAUCCUGUCGAUAGAUGAUGAUGCUCAUCUCCGGCACGAUGAGAUCAUGUUUGGGUUCAGAGUGUGGCGUGAGGCCAGAGAUCGUAUCGUAGGGUUUCCUGGAAGGUAUCACGCAUGGGACGUCAACCAUCAGUCCUGGCUUUAUAACUCCAACUACUCAUGUGAGCUCUCCAUGGUCCUGACAGGAGCUGCUUUCUUCCAUAAGUACUAUGCCUACCUGUACUCCUACGUGAUGCCCCAAGCCAUCAGAGACAUGGUAGACGAGUACAUCAACUGUGAGGACAUCGCCAUGAACUUCCUGGUCUCUCACAUCACUCGCAAACCUCCCAUCAAGGUAACAUCACGUUGGACUUUCCGCUGCCCCGGCUGCCCCCAGGCCCUCUCACAUGACGACUCCCAUUUCCACGAACGCCACAAGUGCAUCAACUUCUUCGUCAAGGUGUACGGCUACAUGCCGCUACUGUACACGCAGUUUCGUGUGGACUCUGUGCUUUUUAAGACUCGUUUACCCCAUGACAAAACCAAGUGCUUCAAGUUCAUCUAGCAUCCAGCUGAGCAGCCCAGCAAAGAGCCCAAAGCAAAGUGGACUGAAGGAGAGGAUUUAUUCAAAAGAACAGCCGCUCCCACAGAGAGCCGUGAUGAAGAUGGAUGGACAGACUGUCAGGUUAAAAGCACAGGAGGAAAGUUUCUUGGUUGGGAUUUGCCUCGGGGAGAAAAGACAAGUUAACUUUAAAAGCUGUUGGCUUGUGGUCUCAUCCACAGCUCUCCUGAAAAUUUGAAGAGUGGAAGCUGAAAGGAACCACUGCCAACAAAAUUAGCCUUUUCAGUGGAUGUCACUCGUCCUUUUUCAUGUCCUGCAAUCAUGCUCUUCAUCAACCACUACAGAUGUCAUUUGCACCUCUCGACGCCCUGCUGAGGAAAGAGGGCGCUUGUACACAGUGUACAGAAACUCUCACUGAACCCUACCUGACAAUGGAGCGAUCAGUUACUGAAUCACUGACAGACUGAUGUCAGGCUGCAUUCACAGAAGUGGCGAGAGGAGAAGUGGCGAAGGCACACAGCUGCCACUGCGCUUUUUGUUUUUCAUUUUACAGUUACAAACUGUACUUCUUGUACAUGAGAGAAGCACUGAUGGUCAGAAGUAUUUUAUUGAACAUUUUCUUUUUUAAAAAUGUCGUUUAAAUGUGUAAAAAUCUCUUUAUGUGGAAUGAACACUUUUCAGAACCUCUGCCUGUGGGAGAUCAGACGCAGACAUGAUAGUCUGAGGAACAGACAGGACCUCGAUCCAAACAUGUUCAGUAGAUUUUAGCGUUCAAGAAGGAAUUCACUUCAGCGGUCACCAUAAUGCCUCGAAUUUAUCAUGAAAACCAGCCACCGUUUUGUCAUUUAGUUAUGCUUACAGGAUCUGUUAAAAUGGCCAUUUUUUAUGGUAUAGGGUGUUUAGGGUGUAGUCACAUUUUAAAUGUAAUAAUAUCAAGCAACAAACCAUUAUGAUGUCCCUUAAUCAAGUGCAACAAAGUCAAGAAAAACAGCUGCCAAAAGCAACAAGUAGUAGUUUUGGAUGUCUGAUCGAUGUUGUAACUCAAAGAAAAAUCAAGUUAAAUGUUUCUUAGAAUUAUGGUAAAAAUGUUAACUUUGAAGGGAAAAGUUUAACAUUUUGGGAAGUAUGUUUAUUUGCUGUUUUGCAGUGCAUAGGAUGAGAAUUUGGUCCUCAAGCAGAUCUGUCUUGAAACAUGAAGCUUCAGCCUGAUGCCGGUUAGCCUAACCUUCCCCAGCUCUGACUGAAAGUUACAAAAUCUGCCUACCAGCAAAUCAGAAGCACAUUCACUUUAAUCCACAAAAAUGUUAAACAUGCUACCCCAUUGUUUAGCUAAGCUACAUCAACUAGCAGCAGGAUGUUGUGAUCACGAGAGCAUAAACAGCCAAAGCAAAUAAGCAUAUUCCCCAACGUUUUAAACUUUUCUUUCAUAUAUUGCCAGGUCUGGUUUUGCAGUAGAAGUGUUACAUAUUUCCUGCCAUUGUCAUUUCACCUUUCUGUGUAGAACCUACAAAGCUCAGACAGAAAUGUCACUUUACAGUGUCGCCAUAUUGGUUUCACUUUGUGUUUUUUUUUUUUUUACCAUUGCUUAAUGAAUGUUUUCUUUGCCAAAUAGGUACGAUGUCUGCUGCUUUACAGUAUAAUUUGCAGGGUGCAAAGUGUGAAUGAAUGCUAAAGGGGUCCAGUUUGGUUCACCCGUAUCCACUCUGCAUGGUACUUUACCAGGAGUCGAUACAUUGGAGCCCUGUCUUAUCAUGUAUUAUAAAUCCAAAGUUUUUAUUUGA